AUGACGGUCGACGCCAGCAUGACCGUCGACGCCAGCAUGACGGUCGACGCCAGCAUGACGGGCGACGCCAGCAUGACGGGCGACGCCAGCAUGACGGGCGACGCCAGCAUGACGGGCGACGCCAGCAUGACCGUCGACGCCAGCAUGACCGUCGACGCCAGCAUGACCGUCGACGCCAGUAUGACCGUCGACGCCAGCAUGACCGUCGACGCCAGCAUGACCGUCGACGCCAGCAUGACCGUCGACGCCAGCAUGACCGUCGACGCCAGCAUGACCGUCGACGCCAGCAUGACGGGCGACGCCAGUAUGACGGUCGACGCCAGCAUGACGGGCGACGCCAGCAUGACGGGCGACGCCAGCAUGACGGGCGACGCCAGCAUGACGGGCGACGCCAGCAUGACGGUCGACGCCAGCAUGACCGUCGACGCCAGCAUGACCGUCGACGCCAGCAUGACGGGCGACGCCAGCAUGACCGUCGACGCCAGCAUGACCGUCGACGCCAGCAUGACCGUCGACGCCAGCAUGACGGGCGACGCCAGCAUGACCGUCGACGCCAGCAUGACGGUCGACGCCAGCAUGACGGUCGACGCCAGCAUGACGGGCGACGCCAGCAGGCAACGUUUCCCUGGAGCCCACCAUCGUGACACUGGCUAG